AUGGCCGACAAAUUCCCACCAUUAGAAAAUGAGGACUUCGAUACAGAAGUUACCGCGGGUCAAGAAGAGACCGAUUUCUUGAAAAGAGAGGCCGAGCUCCUGGGUGACGAAUUCAAAACUGAAGAGGACUCUGAGUUUCUCCAGGAAAAUAAGAACGACGAACUAGAGAAUUUUGAGGAGCAAUACCCGGCGCUUGAUGAAGGUGCUGCGGUUUCCAAGGCUGAAGGCCAGGCUCAAGCUGACGACGAUGACGACUUUGGCGAGCCUCAAUCAGCAGUAAGCCAGAACGCCAGGGCCACAAAUUCCGAAGCGAUUGCCAAGUGGAAAGAAAGUCGCGACAAAGAGAUCAGCGAGAGGGAUGCUUCCCAAGAAAAAGCCAAGGCUGAGCUGCAGGAAAAGGCAGUCAAGCACAUGGACGACUUUUACGAUAACUACAAUAGGAAAAAAGAGCAGCAGCUCAAGGAUACAGAGGCCGAGGCUGAGAAGUUUUCCAAGGAAAGGGAAGGCUUUUUCAACCAAGACAACACCACUUGGGAUCGUGUUCUGCAAUUAAUAAAUGUGGACGAUGCUGACCUAGUAGCCGGGAGAGAUCGGUCAAAGUUCAAAGAAAUUCUGCUCAAGCUAAAGGGAAACAAGAACGCCCCAGGGGCUUGA